UCCCUGCUUCGUCCCCGACCGAGAGAGCUUCUUCAUUCUUGUCGAUCUCUUGCUUGAGCAGUCAGUCCUCGAUUCGGCGGUUCCAUCGAUCGAGCUGCUGCCUAGCUACUAGCUACCUGGUGGUCCAUAUCGACCGAUCGAGGCCGGCCGGCCGGCGACGAUAUAUGAUGAUGGAGAUGGAGAUGGAGAUGGAUAUGAUGAUGUCGCAGGCGGCGACGUCGCAGCUGCCGCCGGGGUUCCGGUUCCACCCCACCGACGAGGAGCUCAUCUUGCACUACCUCCGCAACCGCGCCGCCUCCGCGCCGUGCCCCGUCCCCAUCAUCGCCGACGUUGACAUCUACAAGUUCGACCCAUGGGACCUCCCCUCCAAGGCGCUUUACGGCGACGGCGAGUACUACUUCUUCAGCCCGCGCGACCGCAAGUACCCCAACGGCAUCCGCCCCAACCGCGCGGCGGGGUCCGGCUACUGGAAGGCCACCGGCACCGACAAGCCCAUCCACGACAGCGCCACCGGCGAGGGCGUCGGCGUCAAGAAGGCGCUCGUCUUCUACAAGGGCCGCCCGCCCAGGGGCACCAAGACCAACUGGAUCAUGCACGAGUACCGCCUCGCCGCCGCCAACCCGCUCGCCGCCGCCGCCGCCUACCGCCCGCCCUCCAAGUUCAGGAACGUCUCCAUGAGGCUGGACGACUGGGUGCUGUGCCGGAUCUACAACAAGUCCGGCCAGGCGGCGUCGCCGAUGGUGCCGCCGCUCGCCGACUACGAGCACGACGACCCUUCCUCCGGCGGCUUCGACGACAUCUGCAGCUUCUACGCGCCCACCACCAGCAGCGCCGCCUUCACUCAGCAGCAGCAGCAGCAGCAGCCGGCGCUGCUGCCGAGGCUCCCGAAGAUCCCCUCCAUCUCCGAGCUCUUGGACGAGUACGCGUUCGCACACAUCUUGGGCACCGCCGUGCCGGCCGAGCAGGACCCGCUCGCCGUGCACCCCUCCCUCAACCAGCUCCUGGCCGUCGGCGACAGCGCGCACUCCAUCUACUCGCCGCCCCCGGCCGCCGGCGGGAAGCGCAAGGCGACUUCGUCGAUGGGUCCCGACGAGUGCGCCGGGAUGGCGAUCACUGCUGCUGCUGCUGGCCACCACCACCCGCCGGGCAAGAGGCUCAACGGGUCGUGCUUGGACGCGCCGCAGCCGGCGAGCGCCUUGCCCGCGACGUCAUCCGUGCUGGGCGAUCUCAACCAUCACAGGCUCCCUCAGUUAUUCUAGUUGACUUUUAGUUAACUUAAUAAUUUGGCAUCAUCAGUCAAAUCUACGGAUCACCUGCAUGCGGCGCAUGCAUUAUUCAACAA